GAUGCUUCUCAUGAACAAGGCGUUGGCAGUUUGUCAGACAUUUGAUGUACAAUUGUCCAAUCGAUCUAUUGAAGUUAUUUCUCAACCUUUAACCUGGAGAAGAGCAGUUAAAACUUGCAGGAGUCGUGGAGGUAUGGUGUGGGAAGUUAAAAAUGAUUCAGAACGUUCUUUUAGCGCAGCCAUCUUAGAGAUUCAAAACAUUUCGACUAUGUGGCUGGGAGCGAACAUUAAAAAAAGCUUACGUUGGAAUGGAGAAGAUGAUAUGUCCAAAUAUAAUUACACAGCUUGGAAGUCAGAAUAUAAACUUAAAAAAGUAAUGUGCGUUGCCUCUGAUGUAAAUGAAAAUUACGAUUGGUCAUGGGAAGAUUGUACUUCAGAAUAUCCAUUCUUUUGCCAACAUACCGUUACUGCCAAUAUUUCAGAAGACACAGGAUUUUGUAAUAAUGAUAAACAAACUCUUGUUGAGGAUAAGUGUUUGACAUUUCAUAUUAAAAAGUUAAGCUUUUUCCGAGCGUUUGAAGUUUGUUCAGAGGACGGAGGAUCUCUAAUUGUUAUUAAUAAACCUUUACAUAAAAUUAGCAACUUUUACAAAUUAAUGGAGCCAAUAUCCAAAACCAUCAAUAGGUUUUGGAUUGGGUUAAGCAACUCUUGGUUUAAUUGGAAGGGAUCUGGAAGUUUGCUGGUAUAUCAAGCUUGGGGAGACUCUUACCCAAGUAGCUCAGGUAAAUGUUUAGCAAUUACAAAAAAUAAGGAUACAGAUUUUUGGCUGAAUAAAGAUUGUAAGAUGCAACUGCCCUUCGUUUGCUCUUAUGAAACAUCUACGAACUGCGCUAGAAAGAAAACAAAAGGAAAGAAAAAAUCAAAUAAAGAUGAUCAUAAAACUUUUUGGGACAAAUUUGUUGAUAAUGGAAUGUGGGUUGCUAUCGGCAUAGGAAUAUGCGUUCUACUUGUUAUCAUGUUUAGCGCUCUCAUUGCCUGUUCACAAGGACAAAAGUUUAGAAAAUCUAGUAGAAAAAGAGCCAAACAAGAAAAACAUUUUCGUACAUUUACUAGAUGUGAUUCGAUUCGCGAUGAUCAAGAAACGAGAACUCAGCCUUUUGCAGUUUCAUCAAGCUAUGAAGAAUUGGUGCCUAAUGGGCCUAGGACAAUUGACUUCAGCAAUAGACCUUUACCCAAUCCAGUUGAAAGCUUUUUACAGAUACCAAACAAUUCGACCAGUACACAUAUUCACUAA